CAAACGUCUCUUCUAUUGACUAAUCAUCCUUUCAGUCUCAUGCAAAUGCUUCGCUCGCCCGGUUUGUACGUACAGUGUUGGUGUCGAUUAUCGGGAUGACGAUAUCGAAGCAUGCACAAAACCUGCCAUCAUUUGUGUCCCCUCAUGGAGACAAUGCCGCCUCAACAUUGACGACUUGCUUAUCAACUGCGCUGCGGAUAACAGACAAACUAGACAGGACCCUUAACGUCAAGGUCGCAAGUUUAUCUUGACUAUUCGCGGGAUGAAGGAUUGACGGAGACAUUGAAGACGAGUAUUAGCUAUGGGUAGGCAGGAUGAGCACAUUGACCCACGUCUGUUUGAGAAUGGAUUCCGAUCGUUGGGCGCGGCAUGGGCAAUUUCAGUUGCUAGUGGCAUGCAUGGCAUCAUCACGGGCAUGCAGUACGACGACGAAAAGGAGCAUCGAUACAUCGUCUAUCUCAUCAUGGAUGUCCUCCAAAACUUGGGUCAAGAGAUGACGAAAUAUGUCCUCAUAUGUCAACAGACGAGGACAGACUUUUACCAGAAAUUCUUGGCAGAGAGUCUUCCCAUCUUCUUCCUCACUUGCUGCACGACUACUUCCUGGUGGCGAUUGUGGUGAAAACUAUCAAGAACAAAGAAGAUGCUAUGGAUACUUUCAUCUUAUUCCUUUUCCUAGUCUUUUGGUUUUCCCGGUUCUGCUCUUGUUUGAUUUUCGACGAAUAUAUAAAGAGAUACAUAGUACA